GCCGUAACCACUUGGCUACACUGCCUGCAAAGUUCAAUAGAUAAAAACCAUUGCAUAUUUGUUUCUUGGCCUGGACUUUGGGCUGUUUGGCAGGAUUGAUUGGAGGAGCUGCGAUUGUCUACCUUGGGCUUGUCCAAAAGUUCUUGCCACACGUUCUUUCUCUUCUCCUCCAUCCUACGCAUCGUCCAGAACGAUGCAUCCAUUUCAUCCUUCCCCAGGCCGCCCUAUGGGCCCCCGACAACGUAACGCGUCUCCAGCUCCUCCUCUUCAUCUACCCGAGAUACAGCCCUUGAAUAUUCGCAGACCGUCCAGCUCGACUACCAACGGUGUUCGACCCACUCUCAAUGGAAAUGGCACUCCACCAUCCUCUCUUCUUUCUGCCCCAUCGGAUGUCACUCCCGGUCGCUCUCGAUCACCGACCCCGACCAGGUUACAAAUUCCUGGCGCGACACCGUCUUCGCGACCUAAACUGAAGCUUCCAAAGAUCGAUUUCAAUUCUACCAUGGAAGGACCUUUUGCUGGAGGAUAUGCGGGAGGACCCAAUAAUGCCAAUGGUUCUCCUCAUCUCAUGUCUGCUAAUCACACAGAGGGUCCCGGCGAGGCGACCAUCAAGCCUCAAUUGACUAUUUCCCCGCAACCCCGCCCGCCACCGGUUGUCUCGAUGGAGAACAUCCGUCAGACGGUGGAAGAAUUUGAUCAAUGGUCCGACGAUGUACUGGAAGAACUCUCCAGGCUCGGCGAGGGCGCAGGCGGCGCCGUAUACAAAGUUCGCGACAAACGCACCGGCACCAUCAUGGCUCGCAAGUCGAUCACUACUCAUGAGGCGCCCUUGAAGCAGCUCCUACGAGAAAUCAAAAUCAUCUCUAGCACAGAGCAUGUGAAUAUCAUUCACUUCUUUGGGGCAUACAUCUCUCCCUCGUCCAGCGAGGUCAAAGUACUCAUGGACUUUUGUGAGGGAGGAAGUCUCGAAUCGGUCGGUAAACGGAUGAGGCAGAUUGGAGCCCGUGUCAGUGAGAAAGUUGCCGGUCGUCUUGCAGAAGGAGUUCUUCAAGGGUUAGCGUAUUUGCAUUCAAAGAAGACCAUCCACCGCGACAUCAAGCCUCCGAAUAUACUCCUUACCCGUGAGGGUGUUGUCAAGCUCUGUGACUUUGGUGUCUCUGGAGAGCUUGUCAAUUCCAAUGCCGGAACCUUCACGGGAACCAGUCUCUACAUGGCGCCCGAGCGAUUAUCAGGUCUAAACUAUAGCAUCCGAUCUGAUGUCUGGUCGACAGGCAUCUCAUUGCUCGAACUUGUACAAAACCGGUUCCCCUUCCCUAAUGAUCUUGCAGACAUAGAGUUGAUGAUGUACAUCACACAAAACGAGCCUCCUGAACUAGAAGAUGAAGUAGCAGAAGACAUCCAUUACAGUCCUGAGAUGAAAGAUUUCAUCAAAGUCGCACUCACUCGGGACCCCAACCUGCGACCAACCCCCAAAGAACUCCUCUCACAUCCUUGGAUCGUUAACGUCAUGCAGAGACAUGUCAACAUGGCUUCUUGGAUCAGACAAGUAUGGGGAUGGCCGAAUACAAGGCGAUCCGGCGAUACUAGUUCAUCCCGACCUGGUUCUAGCAGAGGCGAUUCCUCAGGAUCGCUAGAUGCCGCGAUGGCAGGGCUUCGGCUCAGCUCAAAUGAUUCCCCACCGACUUAGAUACCUAAAUACCCCCAAGAAACACGGAAAUAUUACCCCCGGAAAGUCACACUAGCGUUAGGAAAAAGUCAUGCAUUGCAUUUAUAACCGUUCUUUGUUGCAUCUUGUAUCACUGGAAAUCCGGGACACUUAGUCUUUCUUUUUUCGCUUUCGAUGCAAACCACCUGUAAUCUUCUUCCAGCGUCUCGUGUACGUUUGUCUCUCUUUCUCCCCCUUCAUUCUGCUUCAUCCUCGCAAUCACAACCAACCAACCAAUCAACACAAUACAACAUCGUCUCGUCCACUCCAUGUCUCUUAUUUCCACUCUUCUUGUUUCUUCUGCGCGACCUCUCGCUGUGUUUCCCAAAUAAAUGUUUUAAUCCCGC